AUGGACACGACCAUUUUAUCCGCUAUGAUUGACCGCUUUCAGGAGGAUGCAAAAACCGGUAAAGAGACAUUCCAGCUCAUAUCCUCAUCCUGCGAAACAUUCCCGCACACAUCUCCUUCCUCACCCACAAAAACUCUCUACAUCCUCGACUCCUCCUUCAACCCACCCCACCGCGCCCACCUCGCCCUCGCCCGAAUCAGAAAAGAUGGAGACACUCUCGCGAAUAGCCCAACCCUCCUGUUACUCGCAACAAACAACGCCGACAAAGGUGCACAUCCCACCGCGCAACUCACCCGCCGCCUCGAAAUGAUGGAAGCCCUCCGUACCUCAAACCUGUCCGACACAACAAGUGCGAUAGCCGUAACCUCUUAUCCCUAUUUCGUCGACAAAGCGCGUGUGAUUCGGGAGAGAUGGCCAGAUGUGAAUCAGGUCUGGCCAAUAGGCUUCGACACUUUCCUGAGAUUACUGGACCCAAAGUACUACCCAAACCACGACCUACAAGCCGGUUUUGGUGAUUUCUUUACCUAUAGCCGUGUCAUUGCCAUCACCCGCCCCGGCGAGAAAUGGGGCGAGCGUGAAGAACAGGAAUCAUUCCUCCGUGCUAUCCGUCGGGGGGAACGAAGCGGCGUACCGAAAGAGUGGGCGGAACGGAUUGAGUUUGAGGUGCUUGAUAGGAUUCGGGGGAUUAGCUCGACGAGGAUUAGGGAGGCGGCGAAUGCGGGGGAUGAGGAGGAGUUGGGGAGGUUGUUGCCAAGGGGGGUUUUAGAGUAUGUUGUUGAGAAUGGGUUGUAUAGGGAUGAGGAUACUACGCCGAGUUUAUAGUCGACAUCACAGCCUGUAGAAUAUAUUCACCACUGGCAUACGAGCAGUUGCGUUUGACGAUGACUCUGUCGACGAUGAAGGCAGGCAUGGCAACUUCGGAUGGAGGUUCGCCGAUAAAGGCAGCGCGUAGGGUGUUUAGAAGUUCAUAAUGUUCUCAAAGGGUUUGUGGAUGGCUACGAUGGGUCACUUGGUGCUGAUGGUGAUGCCAUGAAUAUAUUAAUCCCGAUACCAUAUGCUAUGAAAGCUCCAAAACUCCCUGCUACUAAGAACAGCCCAUAGUCGUCACACACCUCGUGCUAUCAGAUCCCCCAUCCCUUUCCAAACACUUCAACGUCCUCUUUUAGUAGUACUGAUUAGAGAUCCUAUACCCCAUCUCCUGCAGCCUCUCACAAGCCGGCAUAGG